AUGUCGGAUUUCGAGAACGGUCUCAUCGCGAUACGUGCGACCGUUCAAUUUAUGUCUCGGAUAGCAGUGAAUUAUAAGAAGGCCGGCAAGGAGAAAUUUACGAUUACGAAGACUAAGCUUCGCAUGGAGCAAUUACGGGAGCACUGGCAAACUUGCUGUAAGCAGCACGUCGAGCUCCUGCAGGUCGCUGACAAAGACGAUCUCCAACAUGAUUACUUCACUGACGACGAAAUUAGCAAAGCUGAAGCGGUGUUCGAGGACUCGCAAGAUUUCUUAGCAGGCCUACUCGACAAACAGGAGCUACGUACUCCAUCUGACGCUGAUCAGAGUUCUAUCAGCGUCCAUCACCCGUCUGGUCACGGGUCAUCAGCCUUCGCGCUACCAAGGAUCACCAUUCCAGUUUUCAAGGGCGAAAUGACCAAGUGGGAGAGCUUCCGAGACACCUUCCAGGCUUUAGUCGGCGCCCACGAAACUCUCUCGGACGCGCAGAAGCUACACUAUUUGAAGUCGUUCAUGGACGGGGAUGCUGCGCUUCUGUUGAAGCACAUCACGACUUCUGACUUGAACUACGCUGGAGCUUGGCAGAUUUUGUUGGAUGAGUAUAACAACGCACGGUCUCUAGUCCAUGCGCAUAUUCACGCGUUCGCGAGUCUCACUGUAAUGAAGACCGAAAACGCUGCCGAAUUAAAGCUGUUGCGCGAUACUGUAACCGCGUCGUUAUCGGCAUUAUCAAAUUUAGGCCGAGAUACCGAUCAAUGGGACGACUUGCUUGUGUACAUCGUCACUCAAAAGUUCAGCUCGCGUACUCGUACCGAAUGGAACUUGCGUUUAGGCGCGUCAACCGAUUACCCUACAUUUAAAACACUUCGCGAAUUUAUUACGGAACGUCUUCGCGGCUUAUCUGAUCUUGUGCCUCUUGUAACUAAUUGCGCUACCGCCGGCUUGUCCGCGCGUUCCGAUAAAUCGAAUAAAAUCAAGGCAACGGUUCAUAACACUACGGACCGUAAGUGUCCUUGCUGUCAGGGGAAUCAUUUCCUGUCAUUUUGUCAGACUUUCCGAAAACGGUCGCUAGACCAACGCGGGCAGCUCGCUAGACAAGCUCGCGUCUGCUUCAAUUGUUUAAGACCCGGGCAUUUUCCGCUAAAUUGUCCAAGUGAGAAGCGCUGUAACUCUUGUCAACGCGCUCACCAUUCAUUACUUCAUCGCGACAACAUCGGCGUAGCAAUCGCCGACGCUACGGAUCGAGAAGGUACGAAAUCGCGACACGAAUCCGCGGCAAAUAAAGCGUGCGAAGCACAAGGCGCAUUUAAUGACGCCUCCACCAACGUAGCGACUAAUUAUACCGUAUCUCUAGGUGCGCGAUCUCAAGCUCCGAUUCCCGUCCUUCUCGCUACCGCUCGGGUCCGACUUCACACGGUUGAAGGACGAACUGUACAGGCCCGCGCUCUCUUCGAUCAAGGCUCGACAUAUAGCUUUAUUUCGGAAGCUCUCGCACAGAGAUUACGUCCGACGCGACGUCGCGCGAAUUUACACAUUACCGGUUUCGGGGAAGAAUACUCUGGCAUCGCGCGAGCACAAACGAGUCUUCUACUCGAAUCGUGUCUCCGUCCUGGAUCACGACUGCCGAUUUCAGUAUACAUUUAUCAAAAGAUCACGGCUUACGCAGCUACUCAAGCGUUUUCCGUCGACGAUUGGCCUCACCUGAAAGGCUUAGAACUCGCGGAUCCCGAUCCGUCAAAUAAAGAAAAUAUUGAAGUAUUAAUCGGAGCCGACCUCUAUGGUUCAUUGCUACUCGGGCCAAUCCAAAGGGGGCCUCCCGGUUCCCCUACGGCGCAGUUAACGUCGUUAGGUUGGAUAGUUUCAGGCCCGGCAAAGUCAUUGGAUUUAGUAUCGCUUCAGGAAGCGACGGUUAUGUCUUGUGUGGCCGCUCCAUCUCUAGACGAGCUCAUUCAAAAAUUUUGGGAAACGGAGGAGAUUCCCUCUAAAAUCAUUUACUCUCCCGAAGAGGAGCUAUGCGAAACGCAUUUUAGUCAAACCCAUUCGCGGAAUGCGGACGGCCGUUAUAUUAUUCGAUUGCCAUUCCGAAAUAAUCAGCCUCCCGUUCUGGGCGAUAGUUAUAAUCUCGCUCAACGGUUGUAUUCCAAAACGGAACGACGAUUACUUCGCAAUAGCGACCUUGCUGCGGAAUACAAUAAAUUUCUCGCUGAAUACGAAGUUUUAGGGCACAUGGAACAGGUUCGCGAUUCCACCUCGCGCCGUCGGCCUGUUUAUCUCCCUCACCAUCCCGUGAUCCGGGAAAGCAGCUCGACAACCAAAGUGCGCGUUGUAUUUAACGCUUCGAGUGUCACGUCCAACGGCUUUACUCUGAAUGAUUGCUUAUUAGUUGGGCCUAAGCUUCAAAACGAUCUCGGCGGAGUUUUGCUGAAUUGGCGUUUCUAUCGUUACGUCUAUCUGGCGGACAUUGAAAAAAUGUUCCGUCAGAUCCUAGUACAUCCCGACGAUGUAGAUUACCAGAGAAUCGUCUGGAGACCGAAUCCGCAAAGUCCGGUCCUAUCGUACCGUCUCCUCACGGUUACAUACGGCACGGCUAGCGCACCGUAUCUCGCGAUCCGUGUUCGACAUCAGCUUGCCGACGAUGAGUCUCGUCGCUUUCCGCAAGCUGCAAAAAUCCUUAAAAAUUCGGCCUACGUGGACGAUCUCUUAUUUGGUGCGAAUGACAUCGCGUCCGCUAUACAAUUGCGCGCUCAGCUUAACGAUUUGAUGCAUUCCGGCGGAUUUCACUUGAGAAAAUGGGCGGCUAACGAUCCACAACUCUUGUCAAUUAUUCCAUCCGGCGAUCACGAGUUAUCAUGCGAUCACGCAUUUGAAGAAAAUACAAGUCUAAAGGUCCUUGGCGUCGCUUGGCGCCCGACCGACGAUGUAUUCUUUUUUCGAACCACAGAAUUCACGGAAUCGCGAACCACGAAGCGGACCGUCCUAUCAUUUAUCGCGCGGCUAUUCGACCCUUAG